AUGCCGCGUGCCAAGGGCCACAGGCGGGCCCUGGCCAUGAAGAAGAUGAGGGCAGAGCAGCUGGAUUGGACCCCCCAGCCACCCGUCCCUGAGUUUGUUCCCCGGCGUGGCACUGGCAGCCGUCACCCAGUGAGGAGAUGGCCAACUUCCCACCUGACCGGCCGUCAGGUGAAGUUGGUCCCUCCAAGACACCUGGAGAAGAAGAUCGUGUUCGUCGUUGGAGACUCCCACCUGAGGGCCGUGGUCGAUGAGGACGUCGCCAUCCCGGAGCUGCCUUUCUGUUUUUCUUUUCUCUCUGUUCCAGGUGGAGUAGCAGCUGACCUUAGGAUGGAGGUGAGACACCUGACCGUCCCCUGGACCCCUGACCUCGUUUGUGUCUGCGCACCGAGCAACAACCUCACAGGUAGUCGUACUAUCGGUGAGGCAGCGGUGGACUUCGACGCGCUUCUGACGACGGUCCGCAGCCGCUGGCCCAAGGUGUUUGUUUUGGACUUCCCUUCACGGCUGAACAUCCCCCUGGACCUGCAAGAGCUGCUCCGUCAGGAGUACCACCGGGUGGCAGCACGCAUGGGUCUCCCAUACGUGGCUGUGGCGGACCACCUGUCAGUGAACUGGCUGAGCCUUUGGUGCCCUGAUGGCGUUCACCUCAGUGACACCGAUGGCAUGCCCAUCCUGGUGGACCUGUUGUGUGAUGCUGCCUUCACUCAGCUUGCACCCCCUCCAUCGGAGCCUACCGCCUCUCCUCAGACGCCCCCCCAUCCCCGGACGUCACCCAGUCCUCAAGUGGCUCCCAGGGUGGUGGUGACUGGACCAGAGCCCCUGCCCCGUCGGAGGCACCCCCGGGGGUGGACUGUGGUUGGACAGGAGGGAAAGGCUGCAACACCGCUGGUGCAACAGUCUGAUCCCAUCCCUUCCAACGCGUUGUGGUUCAGCAGUGCUAUGUUGGAUGCUAUGGAGCAGUUCGCUCCUUCCACUGGGUCUGACGGCAUUGCUGUUCCACCAUCCGGCCAGGCUUCCCCUGGGAAGCAUCGAGUGAGAGGUGUUGCCACCAGGCAUGCCGGACGGAAGCGGCAGGUGCGGUCAUCACCUUCACCUGCCCAUGUGGUUGCCUCCCAGCCCAGAACAGUGUUGGUCAAGGGGGAGGCGGAGAUGCCAGUGGUCAGUCCGGUCCCAGAGGUUGUGAGGGACCAGUCCGCUGUCCAGGAGGGAGCUCAGGUGCCACAGAAGAUCAGCAAAGGUAAGUGUGUUUCUGUUUCUUUAGUUACUGUUCCUUCUGUCUGUGUCCCUCAUGUUAGUGCAGCUCUGUCUGACUGUGAUCACGUGGCAGUGACCAGGAGGGAUCAUGAAGGGAUUAGGUUAGUAAAGGUUGUGCGUGGAUCUUUUCACCAGGGAGACUCUAGGUUUUUGUAUAGAGGAGUGCAGUGUAUGGCCAUUGCCUUAGUCAGCAUAGCUAGACACAUGGUGAAAAGCGUGUUCUCGUGGGAGAGACUCGAUCUGGAUCACGUGUUGGUUGAAGGUGAUAAAUUGUAUUGCGAUUUGCGUAACAAAAACCUCUUCAGCCACAUGUCUAAUCUGUUGUCUGUUCCAGAUCUUCCCAAGGUUUUUCCAGUAGAUAGGCCAGAGUUUAGUGUAAGUUGUGGUGACACAUGGUCAGGUGAGGUAGGUGUUGCAUCAGGUGAAUGGAUUGACGUUGGGGUGUACGUUAGUCUGCAGAAUGGUUUGGAGAGAAUUUUUAGUCAGUACAGCACUUGUCUGCUGACACUUUGUGGUAAUACGUCUGCCAUCAUCUGUGAGGAUGGACAGUUUGCUGUGGUCGACAGUCACUCUCGCAGUAGCUGUGGCCUGGUACAUGGUGACGGUACCAGUGUAGUUCUACAUUUUUCGUGUCUGGAUGACCUGCAUCAGUAUAUUUGUCGUUUGGCAGACAGUCUCACUUCAGGUGAGAAGCUGUUUGAGCUGUCUGCCAUUAGUAUUAGUAGCAUUGUGGGCCCAGCAGUGUCAGGUGUUUCUGUAGAGAGUUGCGCCGCUGAGAUGAGCUCUGCUACAGCACCAGGGUUUAGUGAGGUCUUUGUUUGUGCAGCCCCCUCUGUAUCUGAGAGUGGGGCUGGUGUAGAAGUGAGCCCAGCGGUGUCUGGCAUUUCUGUUCUCACCUUUUCCGCUGACGUUAGCAGUGGCUCAGAAACGGAAUUCACAGUUACUGAUAGUAGAAAGCGCAAAAUUGUUUCGCGCACUUGUGUGUCGAAGAAAUCAAAGUGUUUAGAUAGAACUGCAGUCAAGUCUGAUGUAGAGUUUGUCAAUGCAGUUAGGAAUGUAGAGCUGGUCUUCCGUCCCCUCGGUGUAGAUGUGUGUCAGUCUCUGUGUAGUCAGUUAAAUAUAGAUUUUAUGAAAGUCGGUGGUCUGGUGUGUAGAGAGGCCGGGUAUUUAGGUGUUCCCUGUAGAAACGAGAAGAUAGUUCCAGAUGGGAACUGCUUCUUCAGAGCUGUGUCUCAGGCUGUUAGUGGUUCGCAGAAGAACCAUCGCAGGAUUAGGCUGGCUGUUUGUAGUGAGUUGCAGCGUAAUGCUGAUAGGUAUCAGAGUCUUUUGAGGACUGGUUAUUUGUCUGUUUCGGAGUAUGUUAAACAGUCCAGAAUGAAGUAUGUAAACACUUGGGCCACAGAGGUGGAAAUCCAGGCCACUGCAGAUUGGUUAGGAGUUGGUGUGUGUACAUUUCUUGAUGGGCGUUGGUUAAAGUAUAGUUGUAGAAGUAAGUGUUUGUCAUCAGACUGCAUUUACUUGGAAAAUGUCAGGGGGGAGCAUUUUGAGUCUGUGGUAUGUGUGUGUAAGCCUGGGCAGCAGGGUUGUUAUGGGUACUGUACAGUUGGUGAGGAGACAAGCUACAGUACCAGGUCAACAGUGAUAAAUGUCAUUGACAACGUAUGCUCAGACAGAGAUUAUGUUGAGGUUGUAGAUGGUCGUGGUGCGAGUUAUGAUAGUAGUACUAGUAGUAGCAAUGUGAAGUCCAAGUAUUUGAGGCAGAAGCAAAAUCAGUCUGAGAAAUGUGUGUCACACAGAGAAAGACAUAAGUUAUACUUUAGAGAGAUGUACAGGAAGAAUGUGAUGUUCAAGGAGAAGAAUAUAUCGCGGAGUAUAUUGAAAUACAGGGAUGACAGUCAGCAUACGGACAGACUUAAAGCAAUGAGCGUGGAGAAAUACAGAGAUAAUAGUCAACAUAGGGACGGAGUUAAAACAAUGAGUGUGGAGAAAUACAGAGAUGAUAGUCAACAUAGGGACAGAGUUAAAACAAUGAGUGUGGAGAAAUACAGAGAUGAUAGUCAACAUAGGGACAGAGUUAAAACAAUGAGUGUGGAGAAAUACAGAGAUGAUAGUCAACAUAGGGACAGAGUUAAAACAAUGAGUGUGGAGAAAUACAGAGAUGAUAGUCAACAUAGGGACAGAGUUAAAACAAUGAGUGUGGAGAAAUACAGAGAUGAUAGUCAACAUAGGGACAGGGUUAAGGCAAUGAGUGUACAGAAAUUCAGAGACAAUGUUAACCAUAGACAGAAGGUAAGGCAAAAUGUCAAACGAUAUUACCGCAGUAAUUGUAAAUAUAGGCAGCACGUUAUUGCUCGCGUCAGGUUGAGUCGGAAGCAGAGGCUCGAGAGGUCAGUAGAUUUUGGUUUGGUUAUGGAGCACUUUUUAGAAAAGGUCAGGGAUGGACCAGAUUUUGUGUGCUGUGUUUGUCAUAGGCUGAUGUUCAAAUCUCAGGUGCUGACAUGUGACAGGGAAGUUUAUGCCGCGAGUGUAGCAACAGCUGGCAUUGCAGAUAAUUGCAUUAGUGAGCAUUAUUUGCAUAGUUGUGAUGAGAGUUGUGUUGAGCCCUGUCACUUAGCUGCGUGUAGAGGUCAGCUGUGGAUUUGUUAUACGUGUCAUAAUAAGAUUAGUAAAGGUGAAGUCCCAGCUGAAUCAUGGAGAAAUAACCUCGAUCUAGACCCCAUUCCUUCAGAACUGGGAUGUCUAAAUAGCUUAGAGCAGCACCUGAUAGCUUUACACAUCCCAUUUAUGAAGAUGUUAGCGUUGCCUAAAGGUGGUCAGAAUGGUGUACAUGGGCCUGUAACAUGUGUUCCGGCCAACAUUGUACAGACCACCAAUGUCUUGCCGCGGUCCAGUAUGGAGGGGUCUCUGCUUCAGGUUAAGUUGAAACGUAAACUGACCUAUAAAGGUCACUACGAGUAUCAGUUUGUUGAUACAUUGCGUGUAAGGCGGGCGCUAGAAUAUUUGAAGAGGACAAAUGCAUUGUAUAAAGACAUUGAAUUUAACGAGGAGUGGAUAAAUGAGUUUUGUAGGCAGGCAGAUGGUGAGCAAGAAGAGCCUGAACCUGAGGAUGAGGAUGUUCAGGUUCAGUCUUCUCAGGUUGAGCAGGUUGUUGGAGAGGGUGAGGUUAGCCAGGCUGAGGAUGUUGCAGCAAAUGUUGAUGAUGUAGAUGAGGAAUCAGCAGACAUAGUGCAAGAUGAACUGUUACAUGAUAGACAACAGCACUGCAUGUUUCAGGACACUUGCUUAUUUCCUGUAGACAUCGGGCAAGAAAGUUUAGACCAGUAUUUUGAGGAUAUUGUGAGUAUAGCGCUUGCAGAGGGAAACAGUCCAGUUAGGAUGCUUUCUGACCAUUUGAAUGAAGCAAAGUGUUUCCCGGUGUUGUUUCCUCUGAGUACUAAGACCUUCCAUGAUAGUCGCAUGCAUCAUUUAACAUUGUCGCGUUAUUUUAAUAAUAGGAUCAUGCAUGCCGACGGCCGUUUUGCACGGAAUGUUGAGUAUAUUUUUUAUAGUCAGUAUAUGUCUGAAAUGGAUCAGGUUGUGUCGAGUGUUUCUGUUGCGAUGCGUAAGGGUAAAGGAGGUCAGAAGUCUCAGAGGAUCAGUGUGAGCAUGCUUCAAGACGAGAAGUCUUUGAAGCAGUUUUUGGAGUUUGACGACGGUUAUCGGUUCCUUCGGCCCAUACGUGGAACGCCAGCCUUUUGGUCUUCUGUGCAAAAGGAUCUCAUUGCGUCCGUGAGACAGUUAGGUAUUCCUACGUUUUUUGCGUCGUUUUCGUCUGCAGAUCUGCGCUGGCAGAAUCUCCUUGCCAGCAUCCUGAAACAGGAAGGCAGAAGGCAGACGGUAGAGGAUUUAGAGUGGGCCGAUAGGUGUGAGUUGUUGCGUCGCAACCCAGUUACAGCUGCGCGGCUGUUCAAUUACAGAUGGCACUGUUUUUUGAAUGAAGUUCUCAUGUCUCCUGCUCAACCAAUUGGCAAGAUUGUUGAUUACUUUUAUAGGAUAGAAUUCCAACAGCGGGGGUCUCCCCAUGUUCAUGCGCUGUUCUGGAUCGAGGGAGCUCCCCAAAUUUACAAAAACACAGAUGAAGAGGUUGCAGAGUUCAUUGACCAGUAUAUUACAUGUGAGCUACCCUCAGACGAUGACACGCUAUUGGACAUCGUGUCAUCAGUUCAGACACAUUCGAAGAGACAUUCAAAGUCGUGUAAGAAAAACAAAACGCAAUGUCGUUUUAAUUUUCCAAAACCAGUUUCUGCACGCACAUUCAUCUGCAAAAUCGAGGAAUGCCGUUGUGCACAGAAGGCAAAGGAGACAGGGGAACCUUCUGAUUCAAAUGACAAGCCAUUGUGCACGUGUCGGGAGGAUUUAGAUAAGAAGAUGCCUAAGGAGCUAGCUCAGUCCAUUCUGACUAGAGUUAAAAAUGCCAUGGAGAGGGAAGAGCCUUUUGCUAGUGUAGAACAGUUGUUUGCCAGUGUGGGCAUUAACCAGGCAAUCUUUGAGAUGGCUUAUAGGCGGUUGGAGAAAAAGAAUAGGGUGGUUUAUCGACGAGGGGUAAAUGAAACUUGGAUUAAUCAAUAUAACAAGAAUUUGCUUAAGUGCUGGAAUGCUAACAUGGACAUUAGCUUCGUCACCGACGCCUACGCAGUCAUCAUAUACAUCGUAUCGUAUAUUACGAAAGCAGAGAGAGAAAUUGGCCUGUUAUUGAGCAAUGCCCAAAAAGAAGCAUCAAAACAAGGAAAUCUCUCUGCUAGAGAUGCUAUGAAAAAGCUCGGCAGUGUAUAUUUACACAACAGAGAUGUCUGUGCUCAGGAGGCGGUGUAUAGGCUAACGAACAUGCAUUUGAAGGAGUGUUCCAGGAAGGUUGUGUUCGUUCCAACAGGGAACAACAUUGUGAAAAUGAGUUUGCCCCUCGGUGUUUUGUUGCAAAGGGCAUCCUCUCAUGGUAUUGGGUCAGAGGAUAUGUGGAUGACUAGCAUCGUAGAUAGAUACAGGAAUAGGCCCGAUGGUGAUGUGUUUGACGACAUGUGCAUUUGUACUUUUGUGUCGGAGUAUCGUGUUCUCACCAAGAAUGAAAAAUCUCCAAACCAAAUUCAAUUGAAAGGCGGUUUGGGAUUCAUCUUGAGGAGAACACGAUCUCAGUUUGCGGUUGUGCGGUACAUGCGUUUUGAUUUAGAAAAACAGGAGGAAGCCCACUUUCAGAGUCUGUUGCAGUUGUUCCUUCCUUAUAGAGCUGAUUCAGAGCUCAAGCCCGAAGGCUUUGCGCUCUUCAAACAGUUCUAUGAGGAAGGGCAGGUGACGUUGGCUGACGGCUCCGUGCGUUUGGUGCAGGAUGUCGUCGAUGAGAAUAGGGCCAAGUUUGAAGUGGACUGUCCUCAUUUAGAGCGCGCUCAGGAAAUUGUGGAGAAGUUAAAUGGUGUUGAUGAAGAUGUGUGGGGGGAGCUUUGUCCUGAGCAGGAAGUCGAACGUUUAGAAUGCUUAGAGGACAGACAGCAGCAGCAGCAGCAGGCGGAGAUACAGGAUGAGCAGUUGGUAGAAUCUGAAGAAAAUGUCCCCGAUUUGUUUGUUGGUGGUAGACAGGUAGCUCAGUUUGAGAAAAACACCACCAUUUUGUCUAGGACUGAGGGUUUAGCCUUGAUUCAUUCUCUGAAUGAUACGCAGAAGGCUGUUUUUGAUAGGAUUAGGAAGUGGUGUUUAGAUAAGGUGAUGGGUAAAAACCCUGAGCCUUUGCAUGUGUUUUUGACAGGUGGCGCAGGGACGGGGAAAAGUCAUUUAAUCAGAGCUAUCCAAUAUGAGGCAGGGAGACUGCUGUCAACACUUUGUGAUCGACCAGAUGCUAUUUCUGUUUUGUUAACAGCUCCCACAGGCGUAGCUGCAUAUAAUUUAAAUGCAGUAACAAUUCAUCACGCAUUGAGUAUUGGUAAACAGGUUAGCUUACCUUACAUUCCUUUGGGUGAAGAUAAGCUAAACUCUUUGAGAGCUCAAUUGAGUCACCUCCAAAUUCUAAUCAUCGACGAGAUCAGCAUGGUAGAUCACAAUCUGUUGGCUUAUGUGCAUUGCCGGUUGAGGCAGAUUACAGGUAAAGUUAGUGUCAUAGCUGUAGGGGACUUUUAUCAGUUGCCACCCGUUAAAGGGAGGCCUCUGUACACCAGUCAGGUGGGUGUGGACCUGUGGUGUCAUUUUAGUAAGGUGGAGCUCACAGCAGUCGUUAGGCAGAAGGAUAGUGUUUUUGCUGAGCUGCUGAAUAGAUUGAGAGUGCGUUCGAAGAAAACCCCCUUAUUGAAUAGUGACAUUGCGCUUUUAAAGUCCCGUGAGACAGGGGAAGAGACCUCGGCUUUGCAUAUCUUUCCAACUAAUAUGCAAACCAGUGAGCAUAAUCUUAAACGGUUGUUUGCAACUUGUCCAGAUUAUACCACUAUAGAGGCUCAAGAUUUUAUGAACAGUAAGAAAACGGGCAAAUUAGAGGAGAUGGUAGGGCAUCACAGCAGAGCAUCGUACACGUGUUUACCCGAGAAAUUGUGUUUGGCUCGGAACGCACGUGUAAUGCUUUGCAGAAACAUUGACGUUGUAGACGGUCUGGUCAGUGGAGCAUGUGGAACUGUUACUCAUAUUGAGUUUGGACAGGACAAAGGUUUCCCUCUCACAGUUUAUGUUAAAUUUGAUGAUGAAAAAAUUGGCUCACAGAGGAGAAAGCAACGUUCACAUGCUGCAGUAGAAUGCUGUAAUUAUACUGCCAUUGAUCCCGUUCAGGAGUCGGCCACUGCACGGGGUGGUCUGCGUCGUCAGUUUCCUCUUAGGCUAGCGUGGGCUUGUACUGUACAUAAAGUGCAGGGUUUGACUGUAGAUGAGGCCGUUGUUUCGUUCGAUAAGGUGUUUGCACCUGGGCAGGCGUAUGUAGCGCUUAGUCGUGUCAGGGCUUUGUCUGGACUCGUCAUCAGGGAUUUUAAAGAGAAGGCCAUUUACUGCAAGGACACCAUAAAGGAGGCCUUGGAUAGCAUGCCUCCAUUUCUGAUUGAGCAGCCACAGCCUUCAUUAAAUACACACAGUUUCUCUGUGUAUUUAAUGAACGUUCAAAAUUUAAGUCGCCACCUGUCCCAUUUGGUGUCUUGCACACAGCAUUUACAGCCUAACUGUAUUGCUGUGACAGAGACGUGGCUCAGUGCACAAUCCUCAACAGACAGUGUUGACAUUGACGGUUACAUUUUCCACAGUCGUCCUCGAGCCUUGUGUUACAGCAGUAGUAACCCCAAAUUGUCUGAGCUUAGGGACCUAGAACAUGGUGGAGUAGGCUUGUAUACAGCAGGUGAUUUGGACUGUGAGAUUCUGCAGGUGCCCGAUUUGAAUUUGGAGUGUUUGGUGUGCCUGUGUAGCAAAUUGAACAUCGUGAUGGCAGUAAUUUAUCGUCCACCGUGUUAUCCAAAUUCAUUAUUCAAACAGAAUCUGGGGAAGUUACUAGAUUGGUUGAAUCCAAUCAGUAACACAAUUGUUAUAAUGGGGGAUUUUAAUGAUGACAUUUUGAAAAGACCAUCAAUUUGUAAAUUUAUGGGCCAAAAAGGAUAUAUUCAGCAUGUAACACAAGAGACAACAGAGAAGGGGACACUGAUUGACCACGUUUAUGUCAAAACAACACGGUAUGAUGUGGAUUGUACAGUGAUAUCUGCGUACUUUAGUGAUCACGAAGCCAUCUGGUGUGGUUUUCGUGUUAAAGAUCAGGAUUUAUUAGAAGAUGUAGAUUUGCUGUUUGCAGAGGAGUUUGAAGAUUUAGAGGGUUUUUUCGAUGACGAGUCCGAUGUAGAGUAGAUUA